AUGGCUCCUGUUCUGCGCAUUGGCAUCGUCGGGUGCGGUGAGGUCGCUCAGACCACCCACCUGCCAACGCUCGCCCUCCUCUCGCACCUCUACAAAGUCACGGCCCUUUGCGACGUCUCCCCCGGCCUCUUGCAGCAUUGCGCGACCAAAUUCGGAACCGAGAAGACGUACAGCAACAUCACGCAACUCGUCAAGGAUCCGGAGGUGGACGUCGUUUUCGUGCUCUCCGCAGACGAGUACCAUGCUUCGCACGCUGUUGCCGCAGCAGAUGCUGGCAAGCACGUCUUCAUUGAGAAACCGAUGGCUUUGACGCGGGAAGACGCGCAGGCUAUCAUCGACGCGCAAGAACGGAACAAGGUCGUCAUCUUCGUCGGCUACAUGCGACGCUAUGCAGGCGCCUUCGAGCGGAUGAAGGAGGAGCUCAAGAGCGUCAACAAGAUCCGCUACGUGACUGUGCGGGACAUCAUUGGGCAUAACCACUUCUUCGUCAACCAGUCAGGCUCCUUCCCCGUCACCUUCUCCGACUUUCCCGCCGACGCCUCCUCCGACCGCCUCUCCCGCGCCCGCAAGAUCGCCAACUCCGCCCUCUCUCCAUCCCAAGCCAAAUCAGAGCGCGAGGUCGCGACCUACCGCCUCCUCGGCUCACUCGGCUCGCACGACCUCUCUGCGAUGCGUGAACUCUUUGGCGUGCCUAAACGGUGUAUCGCUGCGACUCGGUCGCAGGGCGACGCUACGCCAUUCAUCUCGGCGCUGUUUGACUAUGGCGACUUUACGGCGAAGUACGAGACGGGUAUUGAUGAAGUUGCGGACUUUGAUGCGCAUAUCGAGGUGUUUGGGGAUAACAAGCGGCUGAAGCUGGCGUACGACACGCCCUACGUCAAAGGCCUGCCCAUCACGCUCGAGAUCAAGGAAACCGAUUCCUCCGGCCACUAUUCCUCGCGCACGAUCCGCCCCACAUACAAGGACGCCUACACGCUCGAGCUUGAGCAGCUGUAUGAGGCGGUCGUGCAUGGCAAGCCGGUCAAAACGGAUCCGAAGGAUGCGGAGAAGGAGUUGGGGGUGUUUGAGAUGGUCAUGACGGCGUUGGUGAACUAG